AUGUUUCUUUCCGUUUUAAUUACGACUUGUCUUUCUUUCUUUUUUUCUUUUGUUCUUUCUUUCUUUUGUUCUUUCUUUCUUUCUAUCUUCUCUUUCUUUCGUUCGUUUGGGUGUUCUUUCUUUCUUUCUUUCUUUCUUUCUUUCUUUCUUUCACCUUACGGUUUUUCUUUCUUACAAUGGUUCUUUCCUUCUUUUUUUCUGUCAUCAUCAUCAUCAUCAUCAUCAUCAUCAUCAUCAUCAUCAUCAUCAUCUUCUUCACCUUUUUAUUCUUUCUGCUUCUGUUUUGUUUCUUUUCUCAUUUUCCUUCUCGUCGGAAUAUUUCCUUCGAUUAUUUUUUCUCCCUCUUCCUUUCUUUCUGUCAUUCUAUUUUCUUUCUUUCUUUCUUUCUUUCUUUCUUCUCUUUCUUUCGUUCGUUUGGGUGUUCUUUCUUUCUUUCUUUCUUUCUUUCUUUCUUUCUUUCUUUCUUUCUUUCACCUUACGGUUUUUCUUUCUUACAAUGGUUCUUUCCUUCUUUUUUUUCUGUCAUCAUCAUCAUCAUCAUCAUCAUCAUCAUCAUCAUCAUCUUCUUCACCUUUUUAUUCUUUCUGCUUCUGUUUUGUUUCUUUUCUCAUUUUCCUUCUCGUCGGAAUAUUUCCUUCGAUUAUUUUUUUCUCCCUCUUCCUUUCUUUCUGUCAUUCUAUUUUCUUUUUUUUCUUUCUUUUCCUACUUUCUUUCUUCUCUUUCUUUCGUUCGUUUGGGUGUUCUUUCUUUCUUUCUUUCUUUCUUUCUUUCUUUCUUUCUUUCUUUCACCUUACGGUUUUUCUUUCUUACAAUGGUUCUUUCCUUCUUUUUUUCUGUCGUCAUCAUCAUCAUCAUCAUCAUCAUCAUCAUCAUCAUCAUCAUCUUCUUCACCUUUUUAUUCUUUCUGCUUCUGUUUUGUUUCUUUUCUCAUUUUCCUUCUCGUCGGAAUAUUUCCUUCGAUUAUUUUUUCUCCCUCUUCCUUUCUUUCUGUCAUUCUAUUUUCUUUCUUUCUUUCUUUCCUACUUUCUUUCUUCUCUUUCUUUCGUUCGUUUGGGUGUUCUUUCUUUCUUUCUUUCUUUCUUUCUUUCUUUCUUUCUUUCUUUCUUUCUUUCACCUUACGGUUUUUCUUUCUUACAAUGGUUCUUUCCUUCUUUUUUUCUGUCAUCAUCAUCAUCAUCAUCAUCAUCAUCAUCAUCAUCAUCAUCAUCAUCUUCUUCACCUUUUUAUUCUUUCUGCUUCUGUUUUGUUUCUUUUCUCAUUUUCCUUCUCGUCGGAAUAUUUCCUUCGAUUAUUUUUUCUCCCUCUUCCUUUCUUUCUGUCAUUCUAUUUUCUUUCUUUCUUUCUUUCUUUCUUUCUUUCUUUCUUUCCUACUUUCCUUCUUUUUUUUUUUUCCCCUCCUUCAUUUCUUUGUCCGCAUUUCUUCCUCUUUCUUCUUUUCCUCUGCGUCUAAAUCUAUCAAGUCGCCUAUCUACCUUAUUUACUGGCAAAUAUCGUUUCAUCCCUGUAAGAUUUCGAUACACUCUCUCUCCAUGCUGCCUCCACCAUUUUAAGACAUUUUCCCUCCAUGAGGUAUGGGAUAUGGACUAUUUUUAUAAUGUGUUGAAAAUGAUGUGCGAGACACGCGCAACACUUGCGCAAUGUUCUCUACUCUCUCUCUCUCUCUCUCUCUCUCUCUCUCUCUCUCUCUAA